UGUUACGUACUUAAUUCAGAUUUAGUUUUGUUCCAAACAUGUUACAUUAUUUGCUAGCUAAAUAUAUCUAUACUCUAGUGACAUGACUGAAAAAACGACAAUUAGUGUAAUAGUAUUAUUCAUUGUGAAUGUAUUAUUGCUGAGUGGAAAUAUGUGCCAGUCACAACAUUCUAAUAAUACGGACUAUAAUGCCGGUUUAGAAAACAAUACAGCAGAGAUUAUUAAAGAUUUUAUUGACAAAGACAUUGUGUCAAAUGUUAGUGGCCAAGGUGCUAGAUUGUCGGAUUAUAUGAUGGACCUUUAUACGGCAUUAGACAACGUCGAGAAAGCAGAUCUUGGUCAUAAAGAUAACUUUCCAAAAAUAAGAAGUUUUCGAGGAUUAAAAGGUGGUGAAGACAAAGUCACAUUUCAAUUGACAAACGUUUGGAACAGCCGAGUUAAGAGAGUUGAAAUAGCCCUAAAACUUGACAGAACAAGACAAGGAGUUCCUGGUGGUCAUACAUAUAAAUUAUUAGUACAUGGUGCUAGCCACGGGAGUGUGGAAUAUGUUUCUCAGUCGUAUUCCAACUAUCUCGUUUUUGAUAUAUCAGAUCUUAAAGACAUAUUGCCGAACAACAUAUCUAUUGAUAAAUCACUCAUUUCAAACACUGAACGGAUCAGGAUAUCGCGUCACAAUGAACCUUUACUUCUCGUAUACGAGAACUUGCAACAUAACCCGUUAUUAAAUGGGGAGCAUAGAUUACGUAGACAAAAAAGACAUGUGGAACGCGUAUUUAACUACCGCCCUGGAGGAGUGAAUUCGGAAUCCUGUCAGAGAAAAAACUGGGAGGUACAUCUCAACGUAUUCCCCGGUUUGGAUUGGUGGUUGUUCCCUCGUAAAUACAAUGCCGGCUACUGUGACGGACAAUGCAGAUUUCCAUUAACAAGAGAGGCGACUAACAGUACUAGCUAUUCAUUCCUAAAGAAUGUCUGGCACACACAAACUUUUUUUUUAGACGAUUUUGUUCCGCAAGCAUGUUGUGUUCCAGUUGAAUACGAACCUCUUCAAAUCAUAUACCUGACAAAUAGCAUAGAGCAGGAUAUAAUGAUGAUAGACAACAUGAUCGUCAAGUCAUGUGGCUGCAGAUAGAGCAUGUUCAACAUGUUUUACAAAAGUCAAAAGAGCAUAAAGGUGAUUUUGGAAAAAAUAAACCAUAACACGGUCACUAUGCUACAGGACAUUAUUUAUUUUACGUAAUGCCGAACAAAUGCUCAAAGCCGUAAGUUUAUACAAAUGUCAGACAAAUUCCGACAUUAUACUUUCCCUGUGUAUUUCCAUCAUGUACCGAAAUAUCACUUAACAAAACCCAUGCUCUGUACUUCUUAUUAUUCUUGAUAUAAGAUUAAAAUAUUUGUCUGUUGUUGGUAUGUGCGUGUGCGUAUGAAUAUAAUAUGUAAUAAUCUGUAAUAAACAUGUUCUGUUUUAAACAUG